AUGGCCAAAGGCAAAAAGCAAUCUGCCAAAGGUCCAGCCGAAUCUCAAGUCGCAAACAUGAAUAAGACUACUGCUGCCCGUUCAGAUUGGCGUAAAGCUAAUAUGACUCGCGAACAACAGAAACACUGCGCUACCAUAAUUAAAGCAAUGAAACAAUACAGGAACGCCGGUCCAUUCCUUGAUCCAGUUGAUCCAGUUAAACUUGGAAUCCCAGAUUAUCUAAAAAUUAUUCAACAUCCAAUGGAUAUCGGCACAUUGGAAAGAAAACUGGAUAACUGUGAAUACGAGAGCGUAUCGGCGUUUGCUGAUGAUGCUCGGCUGAUAUUCAAUAAUUGUUACAUUUAUAAUGGCAAAGAUGCGGUAAUCUCAAAAGCUGCACAAGAAUUAGAAGAGAUAUUUGAACGAAUGAUGGCUAAAAUGCCUGGACAGCCGGUUGCUAAACCAGCAGAACCAUCUACUUCUAAACCACCCAAACCCACUGAAAUUUCAAUUUCCAAAGUAUCUGAGCCAAAACGUCCUAAAAGAGAGAUUCGACCCCCUCCACCUAAAGAUUAUCCCGAGACGCCCUCUGUUCGUAAGGGAAGCGUAUCAAAAAAGAGAGAUGCAGAGAUGAAAUUUCUUCGCGCAAUUAUUAGAGAGUUUAAGAAAAAACAACAUGCUCCAUAUGCUUAUCCGUUUUACGAACCAGUUGAUGCCAUGAAAUUGGGUGUGCCCGAUUAUUACGACGUGAUUAAAAAUCCCAUGGACAUUUCUACACUUAAUAACAAACUAGAGAAUGGUCAAUAUGAGAGCGCCGAUGAAUUUGAGAAAGAUGUUCGUUUGAUGUUUCGUAAUUGUUAUGCAUAUAAUCCACCAGGUUCAGAUGUUUAUAAUAUGGGCAAACAGCUCGAAGCAGUUUUUGAUAGGAAAUGGAAAGAGAAGCCUGAGCCAAUGCCAAGGGAUCCGUCACCCGAAACACGUGAUGAUACCAGUUCAUCUGAUGAUGGUCCCACAAGAAAGAACAGCAUGAAGGGAUCAAAGGACUCGACGUCAAAUAAGAAAGCUAUGGCAAAACGGGCACGCGGUAAGGCUGACGAAGAAGAUUUUGAGCCAUUAACUGUUGAGCAGAAAAAUGAACUUGGGGAAAGGAUCAAUCGUCUUUCUGAAGACAAAACGAAUGAACUUAUUGCACUCAUUUCUGCAAGUGGGGCUCAUCUCGAAGCUGAGGAUGGUAGUUAUGAACUCGAGAUAGAAUCUGUGGAUGAUAGGACGGCCCGUCGGAUCUAUGACUUCGUUGUUGCUCAUACUCCCAAACCUCGGCAGCCGCCCGCAAAGAAGCCGCGUACACAUUAUUCAGAAGAAGAGCAACAGCGCAAGAUAACGGCGCUUGAGCAACAAUUACAAAAAUUCGACGGGAAGAUGAAUGGAUCAUCAGGCAAGUAUCCAAUAUUAUUUCUCUAUUGCUUUCAAUGA